AUCGGAGGUGCACCGUGGAAACCGUCUUGUUACCGUAAUCUCCUUCUGAUCACGAUGGAAAUGUUUGACUCAGUGGAUAUUCAAAGAAUGCGCCAUCCAAAGCUAGGCAAAUUCACGUACGAAUCAAAAUCCCUCAAACUUAAAUCUAGAAUUGACUUUUUCUUAAUCGCAAAAAAUCUCUCUAGAGAUGUAAAAAAUUCGGAAAUUUACCAUGCAAUAACGCCUGACCACGACGCAAUUUAUAUUUCGCUUUCUUGGCCCAACAAACUUCGUCGGGGACCAGGACUCUGGAAAUUAAACAACACCCUAUUGAAUCAUAUGCAGUAU